AUGACCCGCAUCAAGCGGUUGGGACAGCGCGCGCAAGUCGGCCAAUCCCUCGGCAGCAGAGAUCUUUUAAAAGAACAGCGUGGGAACGGCCAUCGCCCAGCGUUAAGCAUCGCUCCGCUGCAAGCUUUGGCCCCCAGCACAUUCGUUGACCACCAACUUCCACCUCGAAUCGCCAAAAAAGUCACCAGCCGCAAUUCCCAAGAACUUCAAGACAACAAGCUACAAGUUGCCAAGAUUCAGGACUCACGCGGCCCACGCGACCAGCAGCAGUCUAUUUGUAACUCGUCCAUCAGCCGCCCCGGAAACAUUUCCAGGCUUCCUUCGCUCGUCGAAGCGUCUGCGCUGAUCAGCAGUGAUGAGGUAAUAGACCUCAUGUGCCGCAGCUCAGGGUCUGCGGCUCUUCGCCGGUUGCUGUUGCGCGGCAAGCUCGACCCAAAUCAGGUCAUUUCCAGCGAAGAGCUCUCACACGCUGCGGCCCGCAUGACGAUGCUCCAGGGCCACAUGGCCACGCGGCUGCAACAGGUGCGCUCUCGGCCAGCUCCGCAGAACGCCUCAGGACUCCAGUCAGCUGCCGCACGGCCCUUAGCAUCCCCUGUCCAGCAGCAGCAUGCAGCCGUGGCCGCUGCCGCCGCUGCAUCAGCGGCUGUGGAUGCCGUUCGAUGCCGGUGGCCGCUCCUGUGCGCUGCAUGUUACUUCGGCGACCCCGCCCACGUCGACACACUGCUGCGCGCUGGUGCAGAUCCGAGCUGGAGGUCGCCGUACGGGCUGGGGCCUGUGGCCUUCGCGAUCGCGAGCCCCGCAGUUGGGCCAGGCGAGAGGCUCGCAGUCGUGCAGAUGCUGCUGUGCAAGAUGCGGCAAAGGCAGGGCAUCUUGGCGGAUCCAGCCCCUUGUCACAACUGCAACAGCCAACAGCAGCAGCGGCUGGCGCAGACGCCAGCGCAAGUACGCCCGAGAGACAGCGAGCGCCUCAAAGUUCCUGACAGCUCUCAGCUCCCAGACCCCCUCGCGAGCGACAACAGCGGGGGGAUAACGCAAGAGCGUUGCCGCGGCUACGACGGCUGUGCCCUGGACGAUGCUGCCUUUGCUGUGGCAGCAUGGCCUCCAGCGCUCCAAAAGCAGCAGCAGCAGCAGCUGCACAUGGCGGUGGCCCCAAGCCAUGGCUCAGUCGGCUGUAGGGUCGUGGGAACAGCCAUGAAUGGCCUGCCUGGUAGCGGGGGCGACCCCGACAACGAGCUUCCUCCGGAUGCCUGGUGGCUAGUUGUGCAGCCGCUCGUCGUACACCUGCUGCGUGAGGAGUCACGGAACGCCGUUUGCACAACCGCGGCUAAUGAAACGGCGGGGAUUGCGCCCGCGCCCGUACCAGCAGCUGCUAGUGGCGUGAGGCUGCCCGGUGGCACCGGCGCUGGCCGUUCCAUGCUGACCAAGACCGCGGCAAAUCCAGAUCACGUCCUGAAUGGUGAAGGUGAGCAGCAGGUUGCCCGACCGGACGCUGUCCUGUCCCGCGAGGAGCAAUUGGUGGAAUUGCUGAUAUCCCACGGCGCCUUGGACGCGCGUGUGCUCCGCGCAUCGUCGCUGCUGACAUUGGCGACGCUGGCGCGUCGCAGCCGCGCGGUUUCGGAGCUGCUAGCACCGGUAAUUCUGCGGCGGUUGGCGGCCGAGGCUGCGGCGGAGGGACAGGGCACGGAGCGGGAGUCGUGGGGACGGCAGGCUGGUGUGUUGUUGCAGCAACGGACGACAGGAGCCUGGCAGGCGCUGCUGCCGGUGGAGAGUGGCCCGGGCUCAGGACCAGUGCCAGCCGCAGCCUUGGCCUCAGCUGCUGGACGGCUGGCGGGUGUGACGGACUGCCGCCAUUCCGGCGGGAAAGCACCGGCGAUGAGCCAUCCUGGCGGGGCCGCUGCGGGCAUGGAGUACGGCUACCCCACCGGAAGGGUGCUCGCCGCAUUGCUCCAGCACACGCUGGUCCAGCCGCCAAGCACCACCGCCAGGGCCGCUUCCGGAGGGGCCGACAUCGGCGGCGCUACACUGCUGCGCGGCUUGAUGCGCUACGGGCUGCACCCAUUCCGCAGCCUCUGGCCAGGCGGACCAUCGGCCGCUGACCUUGUGGUGAACGCGGCGUCUCCCCAGCCCCCGCCGCCGCCGCCGCCGCAGCGGCGACCAUCCACCACGAAGCCAUCGUGGCCGCCGCCUCACCAGGCAGCACCCGCACCGGCCGCGAUGGAUGUCAGAACGGACGCGGGUAUCGCAGCCAAAGACGCCAAUGCCGAUUCCGUUGCGCUCACGGACACGUUCGCUGUACAAGGAUUCCACUACGUUGCGCCUACAGGUUUGAAGUCCUUGCUCGCCGUUCUUGAGGUACCAGGAGAAGCCGCUGCUGAGAAGACCCAAGUCAUCGACAGCACCGGCUCUGACGACCGGGAUUGUGACCCAGCCACUGGCGCCGAGGUAGGCGGCGCAUGCUCCAGCAUCGGUCUCAGCCACAAUGGCAGCAACGGCAACAGUAACGGUGAACGAGGCUGCCGCAAAACAGAGGUCGCUGACAUGCUGUAUGGUAAAGAGAGCACCCCUGGAGGUCUUGGCAUCGUGAGCGUUCUGCGCGUGGCUGCGAGUGCUCGCAAUCUGGACGGCCUCCACGCGAUUGCGUCUCGACUCUUGGCGGACAAGACUGCGCCAGAAGCGGCGAACGGUAUCCAUUCUCCGACGCGUACAGCUGGCGGCUCCAGUGCAAUCCUGAACUCAGUUGGUGGGACGGACAGCUGCGGAAGCAAUACCAGCCGUACCCCUCCCGGAAGCGCUUCCGUCGAAGAGCCCGCCAACGGUGUCACCGAGGCCUUGGACCUGUGGGAAGGCUACCUGUACACACCCAAGGUCUUGGGAAGCGGGUCCAGCAUCAGGUGCAAUGGCGGCAAGAGCGGCAAGAUCAGCCAUGGUGGACAUGUCGGCAUGCACAGCGUCGCAUCAUCUGCAUGCAGUCCUGCUUCUGACAAAUUUCAGGAGCGGCUUCAGCCUCCGGGCAACGGGGUAGUUUCCUCGGCACCGCCGCCGCGUGAUGUGUGGUGGCAGCAGCAGAGCGAACAGCAAUUCAGCGGAGGCGGCCCCGCUGCAGUACCACCUCCAAGUCACCGCGCCACGCCGACAGGGAUUCUAUCGACGAGUACAUGUUGGUCGCUCGUGGCAGUGGCUGCGACCAGCGGCAGCUGCUGCCUGGUGGCAUCCUCGGAGGGCUGCACGGAUUUGGGCACGGGUACCAGCAGCAGCAGCAGCAGCAGCGCCGCCACGGCGACCAAACCGUGUAGCUGUGGGGAAAUCUCAUCUGCACUGGCAGCAGUUGAGCUGGUUCUCGCACUCAGCGCGGAGCUCGUGGAGCUGCUGGGUGGCUCUAACGUUGGCACGGCUGCCCCGUAUGCUGAUGGAGCGCCGCAGUGCAUUCACAAGUCCAUGGCCUCCCACGAGGCUGGAAGGAGUGUCAACCCCCCCGCCGACGAGAGUGCGGUUCCGAGGGGCUGGACCCCAAACGACGACCAAGCUGGGGUGGCCUACGCCACUAUACUUUCUGCUUCACAGGCCACUGCUGCUGAUACGGGUGUGGGUUCGAGGGUGGCGUCGGCAUCUGCUGCGGCAGCGACCAUGGCCGACAUAUUCCGGGCGCAAUAUGCGGACACUGAAGCCGAUGGCACCACUCAUGGCGCAGAAAUUACAGCACCCUUGCAAGCAGCAGGCGGCUAUCCCAAUUCAAACCAUCCUGUAACUGGUUCAAGCAGCGUCAAUAGCGUUAGCAGUUGGGAAAGUUCCCAGGGUCUCCCCGGCGGGCACAGCACCUCAGCCGCUGGAUACGAGGGAUGUCCGAGCUCGCUGCGGGUAGCCUCACGGCAGAACAUCAACAGAGCAGGAUCACGUACCACUGCCAGCACUCCUGGCGUCCGCACAAACACUUACACUGUGCAGUACAUCGGCAUUGCUAAUGGGGAGCUGGGCAUCCUUUCGCAGAAGCAGAAACUCGCUGGUCCUGGGACGGUGCCCGCCUCUGGCAACGGCCCAACGUCCUCCAACAAAACCGCGGUCUCUCGGCGGCACUCGCGGGCUUCUAGCAGCUCCUCCGCCUCCACCAGGGGCCUCAAGAAUGCCGCCCCAGCAGCCGCAUCCGGCGCGCAGAUCGACAUCCUAGUCGCCCCCGGCCCCGCCCCCGAUCCCGUCGCAACGGUGCCGCCGGCCGCUGCCGCAGCUGCCACAGCGGCCGUACGGCCAUCCAUCCCUCCGUUUCGCUCCGGUUUGCCGCUUCGUCAGCCGCCGCCGCCAACAGAGGCGAACACUCCGCCAAGUAUGACGUCACCGUACGAGGCAGGACCAAUAGCUGCUGCUGCGGCGGCGGCGACGGCGGCAGCGGCGGCGGCGGCAGGCGGCCUUAACGACGAGACGGACGACGAGGCGCCCGUCAGCUCGCGGUCUAAGGCACCCAGCCUAGUCAGCAUUGUAGACGAUGCAUAUGGCCAGGUCAAAGUGGUCAAUAUGUGUUUUUACUCGCGGGCGCUGCAGUCGCGGAGUGGCCCACGCGACCGCCACACGCGGCGGAACCGACCCGCGGGUCCCCAGGUGCAGGACAUGGAGCCCCUCAGCACGGCGCUGCCGGGCUGCUUCGGCAACCGAGCGCCGUCAGCGGGGGGGUUCCCGGGCUGGAAGCUGACGUCAGCGCCGGUCAGUGCCGCUGUCCCCGUUGGAAUUCCACGCCGGACGUAUUCGGGUGCUGGAACAGGGCUGGCAUCCACGGCGGGCAUUCAGGGUAGACUGACUCCCGAUCCGGCGGUGGCGGCAACACCAUCGGCAUCCCCAUCAGCACCAGUACUACCAGCGCCAGCUGAAGGCAGUAUGGAGGGUGCUGGGGACCCGGAGCGCGGCGCGGAUGUGACGGCGGAGUCGUUUGGACACCUGCAGUACAGCGACGGCUGA